AUGGACCACGUGGACUGGCUGGAGGACAGCCAAGCGCAGGAGCUGGCCAGGAACCUCGCACUGCACGUGCGGCCCGGCGGCAUCGUGAUCUGGCGCAGCGCGAGCCUGAGCCCGCCCUACUGCAAGCACAUCGCGGCGGCCGGCUUUGACGUGCGCUGCCUGCAGCGGGCCACCGACGGAUACAUGGACCGCGUCAACAUGUACUCGAGGUCCCCCGCGGGCGGCGGCCCGCUGACAGUUGACAUCACCUUGAGGAACCCGGGCGGCAGCAAGUCCCCCGCGGUCAACCUGCAGGUGUGGGUGGACCAGCCCGCCUUCCAGGAGUGCGGGGCCACCGGUGACUUGACAAUCGCCGUGGCGCCGAUCCCAGCGGGCGGCAAGCGGACGAUCACAGUGCGCAAGCUCAAGGCGCCGCCGGGCGCAGGGACGCGCACGCUCCGCGCAUUCGUGGACAGCGACUGCAAACUCGGCCUCAACCCCUUCCUCUCCCAGUCUGCUACCCCCUACACCGCCACUGCGGUCCCGGUGUCCAGACUCCGCCUCGCCGGCGUUGACUGGGCCAAGAACGGCAGGUACGAGGGCGUGUUCUGGUUCAACGCAGUCUUGCCGUCCAAGACCUUUGGCAUCAGAAUCGAUGUCGAAAACGAAGGCAGCGUGGCCGCCAAGUUGGGAUCCAUCAAGUUUUUCGAGGUGCCCACGUUCUCCAGCAACUUCACUUUCACAUGCGGCGCCGCGGCCGACUUCACGACUUUGAAGUUCAGGUCCGCCGUGGUGAAACCGGACGGCAAGUUCAAGACGUUUGUUGUCAAGGGGCUCCGCGCACCCGCAACUCCUGGGUGGAGGACGCUGGCGGGUGCUCUCGACGCAGACUGCGGGGCGACGAAAUCCUUGACGGACGACACAACUUUUUACCAAGACUAUCUGGUGCUGGCCGAGCCCCUGCCAGAAUGGCGCGUCACGACCAUCGUCACAACCAAGCCCGACAACACACUCAUUUUCAAGGUCACAAUCCAAAACGUGGGGUUGGGACCCGGCGCGCCCGGCGUCGUGUCCGUGGCCCCAGACACCACAGCUCUGCAGUCGGCGCAGGUCAGCUGCAACACAUCCUCCACCGCCGGCUUUGUGUCGGCCCCCGCGGUGACGACGCCGCUGCAGGUGGGCAAGAGCGUCACCGUCACCAUAUCAGGCGUGCCGGCGCCGGCGAAGAGCUCGCCCCCGAUUGAGCGCGAGGGCACCGUGCUCGUCGAUAGCAAGUGCCAGACGGUCGAAAUCAAUGAGGCAGUCAAUGGGAGAGGGCUGAACGGUCCGGAUCUCCGGCCAAGCCUGGUGUAUGCCAAGUACAAGAUUUGA